UCAGCCACAGACAAGGCUGAUGCCCUUCCUGCUGGUUAAUGAUUCUGGCCCCAUCACUUGGUUUUAAAGAUCACUGUGGAGUAAAGGCCUCACUUCUACAAAUCUCCUCCCAGUCAGUAGGAAAUGAAUUUAAAUAUAAGUCAAACAGGACUUUGAACCUCACAACAGUUUCAUUUCUGAUUUGAUUUCACACAACAGUUUCACUUUUGAGUUUAAUCCAGUUCGAGUGAACUUCCUCAUUGAGUCAUCGGGAAAUUGAAGCUACUGAAGCUACUGAGGAGACUGACAACAACAACAAAAAAAUUAUUAAAGAUUUCCAGGAAAAACCAUGGCCUCGGGCACAGCUAAGACCAUGUGGGAGGAAGCCACCUGCCCCAUCUGCCUGGAGCUGAUGACUGAGCCAGUGAUGACAGAAUGUGGGCACAUCUACUGCCGUGCUUGCAUAAUGAAAAAUCUUGAGAACCAGCAACAGCGGUCACCUUCCCAGGAAAACUUCCACUGUCCAAUAUGCAGAGCACAGUGUCAGAGGGAGAGCAUCCGGCCCAGCAAGCAGCUAGAAAGCAUCAUUGAAACCAUUAAGAGGACGGCUCAGGAAAACUUGUGUGAGGAACACGGAGAGAAGCUCUGCCUGUUCUGUGAAGAUGAUGGUCAGCUCAUCUGCUGGUGUUGUGAGCGAACACCAGAGCACAAAUGGCACUCCACAGCCUUUGUUGCAGAUGUACAUCAAAAAUAUAAGAAUAUCUUCCAGGAAAAUUUGACAGACCUGAGGAAACUCAAAGACCAAAAUAAGAAACGGCAACAGAACAUAAGAGAACAAAUAACAAAACUGCGGUCUGAAAUACUGCAUAAAAAAAAAAACAGUCAGAGUGACUUUAAGGAUAUUCACCAGAUCCUAUACAUGGAGGAGAAUACUUAUAUAUGGAAACUGGAAAAUGAAGAAAAGAAAGUUCUGAAGACACUGCAGGACAGUGAAGCACAGCUGGAGGAGCAAAGCCAGGAACUCAAUCACAACAUCCUGGAACUGCAGAGGAAAUGUCAGGGCUCAGCCCAGGAGAUACUGCAGGAUGUGAUGGACACUUUGAACAGGAUGUCUGCUAUGAAGUUAAACACACCAGAGGAUGUCUCAUGGUACAUUCCGGAUCUUCCUGGUCCUGAUAACAUUUUACGUGUAUUGUUAAAUGCGGUUGGAAUUUAUUAUGUUACAAUUACUCCAGAUCUAGAUACAGCUCACAAUUCCCUUUUUGUGAAUGAGGAUGAAAACUCGGUGACCGGUGGACCCCCCGUAGUGAAGCAUAAGACUACUGCUAGGUUUAGAGACUUACCCUGUGUCUUGGGGCAUGAGCACUUCAAGUCAAGAAAACAUUGCUUUAAAGUGUAUAAUAUAACAGGCACUGAAUGGGAUGUAGGAGUGUGUCUGGAAAAUGUGCCAAGGGACAAUUACAAGAGACGGGAUCCUGAGUCUGGAUUUUGGGCCAUCAGACGCUGCCAACAGAGGGGCUAUGUAGCCCUUACAUCUCCCCUAACUCCACUUCGUCUGAAGGAGGGGAUUAAGUGUCUAAGGGUUUUCCUGGACUAUGAGGCUGGACUUGUCUCCUUUUACAAUGCGGAUACUAGCUCCCACAUCUUCAGCUUCCCACAGGCCUCUUUCUCUGGGCCUCUCAGGCCUUAUUUUCGUAUUGGUGAAGAUUCUCAUUUGCACUUUGGUGAACACCGAUAUUGGUAAGAAGUUUGUAAGAAAAAGAUUUUUAAGAUUUGUAAGAAAAGAUUCUGGCUAUUGUAAACAGUUCUGCGAUGAACAUAUAAGUGCAGAUGUCACUUCGACUAUACAUUUUUGCUCCUCUGGGAUAUAUUCCCAGCAGUGGUAUUGCUGGGACAAAUGGGAGUUCAAUGUCUAGUUUUUUGAGAAUCGUUCAUAUUGUUUUCCAAAAGGGCUGAACUAGUCAGCAUUCCCACCAGCAGUGUAGAAGGGUCCCUUCUCCCCACAUCCUCUCCAACACUGGUUGCUUUUGUUCUUUUGAAUGUGUGCUAGUCUCUGUGGUGUGAGGUGGUAUCUCAUGGUUGUUUUGAUCUGCAUCUCUCUGAUGAUUAGUGAUGUAGAGCACUUUUUCAUGUGCCUUUUGGCCAUUCGUAUCUCUACCUUGGAAAAGUUUCUGUUCAUUUCUUCACCCCAUUUUCUGAUGGGAUUGGAUGUUUUCUUCUUGUAGAGCUCAACCAAUGCUUUAAAUACCAUUGAUAUCAACCCCUUAUCUAAUGGAUAUUGUGUAAAUAUCCUUUCCCAUUCUGUAGAUAGUCUUUGUAUUCUGGUCACUGUAUCUUUUGCGGUGCAGAAGCUUUUUAGUUUAAUGUAGUCCCAUCUGUUGAUCUCUGUUUCUACUAGAUUGCUUAGUUCCGUGUCAUCUUUGAAGAUACCUUUAUCUUAAAUAUCGUGGAGGGUUUUGCCGACCUUGUCUUCAAUGUACAUUAUGGUUUGUGGUCUGAUGUUGAGGUCUUUAAUCCAUUUUGAUCUGACUUUUGUGCAUGGUGUCAGGUCAAGGUCUAAGCCCAUUCUUUUGCAUGUGGUUGUCCAGUUGUGCCAGCACCAUUUUUUAAAGAGGCUUUCCUUCCUCCACUUCACGUCUCUUGCUCCCUUAUUAAGGAUUAGAUGAUCAUACAUUUGAGGUUGUGUGUAGGGAUAUUCCACCCUGUUCCAUUGGUCUUCGGCUCUGCCUUUGUUCCAUUACCAUGCUGUUUUAAUUGUUACCGCUUUGUAGUAGAGUUUAAGGUUGGUCAGGAUGAUGCCUCCCAUCAUCUUUUUCCCAAGAAUUGUCUUAGCUAUCCGUGGGUGUUUAUUGUUCCAUAUAAAUUUCAGGAUUGCUUGAUCCGUUUCUUUGAAGAAUGCCAUGGGUAUCCUUAUAGGGAUCGCAUUGAACCUGUAUAAUGCUUUGGGAAGUAUUGCCAUUUUGAUAAUGUUUAUUCUCCAUAUCCAUGAGCAGGGGAUAUGUUUCCAUUUCCUCAUGUCCUCUUUUAUUUCAUGGAGUAGCGUUUUAUAGUUUUCUUUGUAGAGGUCCUUUACUUCUUUAGUUAAGCUGAUUCCAAGGUAUUUGAUUUUCUGGGGCACGAUGUGAAUGGGAUUGCUUUUUUCAUGUCCCUUUCCUCUGUCUCAUUGUUUGCAUAUAGGAAGGCCAUGGAUUUUGGGGUAUUGAUUUUAUAGCCUGCGACUUUACUGUACAGGUCAAUUGUUUCUAAGAGUUUCUUACUAGAACUUUUAGGCUUCUCUAGGUAUAGUAUCAUAUCAUCUGCGAAUAGUGAGAGCUUGAUUUCUUUCUUUCCGAUCUGAAUCCCCUUAAUAUCUUUUUCUAGUCUGAUGGCUAUUGCUAAUACUUCCAGUACUAUAUUAAAGAGAAGUGGUUAGAGUGGGCAUCCUUGUCUUGUCCCUGAUCUUAGAGGGAAGGCCCUUAGUUUUUCUCCAUUGAUGAUAAUGCUUGCCAUAGGUUCGUGGUAGAUGGCUUUGACUAUCUUGAGGAAAGUUCCUCCAAAACCCAUUUUGGUGAGAGUUUUUAUCAUGAAUGGGUGUUGGAUCUUGUCAAAUGCUUUCUCUGCAUCUAUUGAUAUGAUCAUAUAGUUUUUAUCUUUACUUUUGUUGAUAUGAUGAAAAAACCCAAGUGCCCUAGAACAGAUGACUGGUUGAAGAAACUUUGGUACAUCUAUACAAUGGAAUACUAUGCAGCUGUUAGGAAAAAUGAGGUCAUGAAGUUUGCAUAUAAGUGGAUCAGCAUGGAAAGUAUCAUGCUAAGUGAAAUUAGUCAGAAAGAAAGAGACAGACAUAGAAAGAUUGCACUCAUCUGUGGAAUAUAGAAUAAUAGACUAGGAAACUAACACCCAAGAAUAGUAGAAAUAUGUACCAGGAGGUUGACUCCAUGGCUUGGAGGCUGGUCUCUCAUUCUGGGCAACUCAGAGAAUGGAACACCAAGUAAAAUGUGAUAGGAGGUAGUGCGGGGGAAGGGUGAAGCAUGCUGAAUGUAGGCUAGAGAAUGAACACAAUGGCCACUCAACACCUUUAUUGCAAACCACAACACCUAAUCAGAGAGAGAGAACAAAAGGGAAUACCCUGCCAUAGUGGCAGU